CAAUAGCACCCAACUUCGUUGUAGAGAAGAGAGGUGAGUGGGGAAACCUCAACACAGUUCAUCAUUGACAAGAAGAACUGAAAAACCUAGUCUCCAUGCAAAAUAAUCUCUUCCUUCCUAGGGCAACAUCUGUUUAGGCUGUGAAGCCUUUGCCAGUAAUCGGCGUAGACAGCAGCCUGAAACCAUGGUAAGCUUGCUCUGAUCUUUCAUCAAAGAAGCCAAAAUCACAGUCAAGAAUGUUUUCAGUGUCACUAAAGCUAGCAGCGAAAACGAGACUCCUGCUUUCCCACUCACUCAUCCUCUACACCAACAAUCUCCUUCCCUUUUCUCUUGUCUCACUUUCCUUCCACUACUCGACGGCCACGCUUAACCACCAACACUUCGGCCCCCUCAACUUCAAUGCCAAGGACGUGGUGCUUUCAUUUAAGGAAUGGUUCAAAGCCAAAACCCCUACCGCCCCUUUGCUGGAUCGAAUUUUAGAGAUCCUACGAGCCCCCCAGACCGAGGACGAGGAGCGAGCGGCGGAUGUAGCGUUGUCCCACCUCGACCUUCAGAUCUCCGAGGAGCUGGUUUUGCAAGUAUUUUCUCACGCCAAGGGCGAUGUACUCUCCUGCCUCAAGUUCUUCGAUUGGGCUGGUCGUCAGCCUGGAUUCAAUCACACACGGGUAACCUUCCACGCCAUCUUCAAGAUCCUUUCCAAGGCCAAACUCAUGUCUCUCAUGUUUGAUUUCUUGGACAGCAAUCUGAAGAAGCAGAUUUAUGGACAGAAGGUCAGGUUAUGCGAUAUUUUGGUCAUGGGUUAUGCGGUGGCUGGCAGGCCAGAUACUGCGCUCCAACUGUUCGGUAGAAUGCGCUUUCGAGGUCUGGACUUGGACAGUUUUGCUUAUCAUGUGUUGUUGAAUGCAUUGGUAGAGGGCAGCUGCUUUGACGCUGUGGACAUAAUUUUCGAGCAGAUUUCGCGCAGGGGUUUCGACUGCCAUGUGACUCACUCCAUAAUGAUGAAGAGCUUUUGUCGGCAGAAUCGGUUGGGGGAAGCAGAGGAGUAUAUACGCGGCUUGUUGAGUAGAGGGGAGGUUAUAGAUGAUUUUGAAUACGGAUUGGGUUUUCUUGUUGAUGCACUUUGUAAGAAGAAUAUGAUGGAAUGUGCGGGGAGGUUGCUUGUAGACUUUAAGGAGUCAGGUUCGGUACGAAUGGGGCAUGCUUAUGGGAUUUGGCUUAGAGCUCUUGUUCUUGCUGGUAACUUGGAUGGGGCCUUGGACUUCUUGCAGAGGAAAAAGUCGCUGGAAGGUUAUAUUCCAGAUGUUUUUCGGUAUAACUCUUUGGUGUGUCAGCUUCUGAAGGACAACAAGCUUACAGAAGUGGCUGACAUAUUGCUAGAGAUGAAGGAAAAUCACAUUUCUCCUGAUGAAAUCACCAUGAAUGCUGUAUUGUGCUUCUUUUGCAAAGCAGGAAUGGUGGAUAUUGCGCUGGACUUGUACCAAUCAAGGUCAGAGUUUGGUCUCACACCUAAUGGCAUGGCUUACAACUACUUGAUCAGCACUCUAUGUGGAGAUGGAAGUGUUGAUGAGGCUUACCAUGUGUUGAAGCAUUCUAUUGAUCAAGGCCAUUUUCCUGGUAGAAGGACAUUCUCAAUUAUUGCUAAUGCUUUGUGUAAGGAGGGGAAGCUUGACAAGAUGAAGGAGUUGGUUCUUGUUGCCUUGGAGCGCAACAUUAAGCCUAGUGAUUCUACAUAUGAUAAAUUUAUAACAGCUCUCUGUAAUGCUAGGAGAGUGGAAGAUGGAUAUUUAAUACAUGGAGAGCUCAAUAGAACAAAUAGAGUUGCUAAAAGGUCUACUUACUUCCAUUUAAUCAACGGUUUCAACAAGUCAAGUAGGGGAGAUAUUGCAUCCAGGCUUCUCAUUGAAAUGCAAGAUAAGGGUCACCCUCCAACUAGAUCACUGUUCAGAGCUGUUAUUCGUUGCCUAUGUGGUAUGGAAAAUCCAGAAAAUCAGUUCCUCAGGUUACUGGAGAUGCAGUUGUCUCAUCGUGAACCUAAUUGCCUGGUUUAUAAUUUUUUCAUUGAUGGAGCUGGAUAUGCCAGAAAGCCAGAGUUGGCUAGAAAAGUAUUUGAGAUGAUGCGAAGAAGUGGGAUUGAGCCAUUUCUAAGUUCUAAGAUCCUUAUGCUGCAGAGCUAUCUAAAGAAUUACAGAAUUUCUGAUGCUCUAAAUUUCUUUAGUGAUUUACGCCAGCAGAGUAGAAUUGAGAAAAAACUUUACAAUACCAUGAUUGUCGGUCUCUGCAAAGUAAACAAGGGCGAUAUUGCACUUCAUUUUUUGAAAGAAAUGAGGGAUAAUGGAUUGGUUCCCAGCACCGAAAGUUAUGAAUGCCUUAUACAACUGCUGUGUGCAAAUGGGGAGUAUGACAUGGCCAUCAAUCUUGUUAAUGAUUUGGAGAAAGCGGGACGUCAUAUUACAUCCUUUAUUGGAAACACUCUUUUAUGGCAUUCUUUGAAAAGUCAAGCUCUCUAUGAGGCCUGGCUUCGAUUGAGAGAUGUUCAUGAUGAGACAUCAGUUUCUUUGUCCCUUGGCCAUCUCAUUAAGUUGUUUUCUGGUGGCAUCAAUAUAGAGAUUCCUAUUGAGAAGUUGGAAGCAGAGGUUGAACAGUGCUUUCGGCUUGAUAUUUAUAAUUAUAAUAUCUUGUUGAAAAGAGUAAGCAUGAGCCAUGUUGAUCAUGCUUGUCAGAUCUUUGACCGGAUAUGUCAAAGAGGGUAUGAACCGAAUCAAUGGACUUAUGAUAUAUUAGUGCAUGGCCUCUUCAGAAAUGGAAGGAUAGCUGAGGCAAAGAAUCUUGUGGAAGAGAUGUUCCAGAAGGGCUUUGAUCUGACUGAUCGCACCAAACUAUUGGUUUAACUGAUGCCCACUUGUGGUUGUGUGCUUGGACCCAUUACUGGUCCUUGCUUGCCAAAGUACAUCAGGACUCCAGAGCUUGACUCACCUGGUGCCCCCUUGCAGAUCGGCAGGUAGUGUGAGGUUUUAUGGCUGAGACAGCAAUUCUGUGGGGCAAUGAAACUUCUUGAUCUUUUCGAAGUGGUAUGUUUUUCCAAUAAAUUUCUUGGUUGUGAAUUAGGUACGAGUCAAUUGGAGGCUUCUGAUCCCGAUGGCAGUGCAUAUGUCAAUUAAUGCGCCCUGGUUGUGGUCGAUUUGCAACUGGCAGCUGAUAGCUGUUUAAGGUUUGCAAUUUUCAGUUUUGGGUUUUUUCCUCUUCCAGAUGGGUGGGACCUGUUGGGUGUGAGUUUUAGAUUUUGGAUUAGGAACUUCUAACUCUGAUGCCAACUUAUGUAGGACAAAUUAAGGUUAAUUUGCAUACUUAGUGAUUUAAGGAUAAAAGCUCAGAUAUCACUGUUUUGAUUUAUUAAACAUCGCAACUAAGAAGUCUUUGAGUGUUGAACAUUGAGUUGAUUACAUCACACAACUAAAAAAUCGAGAGAAUUCUCAAGAAUUUUAUUGUCAAACCGAAUUGUCUCAAAAAUGAUGUUAUAAAAGGUACUUAUAGUAUUUCCCUAAUAGAAUUAGAUUAAGAAAUACUAAUACUUAUAAGAUUAAGGACUACGACUAAUGAAAGUACAAGAAACAAUCAUAAUUGAUUUAGGAAAAAUUAAUUAGAUUCUAAAUAGUUCAAUACUAAAAUUAAGGAAAAGUAACUUCCUAAUAACAUAGCUAUCUCUCCAAAAAAAAGGGAAAGGAAACAUAGCUAUAUGCACCAUCAUUAAGAAUUAGUUUCUAUCUAUUAUUGCAAAACUGUAAGUAAAGGUGAUCAAACCAAGCUAAGUUGAACUCUGGAGAUAGAGUUGCUAGAUCUCUUGCACAGUGGGAGGCUUCAACUAUUUUCACAAAAUGACAUUUUGCUCCACUUAGCUAGUUUUCAUAUAGUUUUCAUUAUGUUUUUCAGACAAAUAUUAUAUCUGAUGUGGGAUCUUGCUAGGGCAAGACAUUUUUAGAGAAGAUGUGACUUCAUUUAUUCUUUCUUAUAGAUUUUUUUUUUCCAAUCUUUCUUCUGCGUUCUCUCUUUCUUUUUUAUUGAGCAAUGAGUGGGGAAAUCUUUCUGGAUUGCAUUGACAUCAAGCUCAAAUAUGAGUUCUAUAUAUGAAAAGGGCCUGAAUAUAUGUUAUUCUUGCUUAAACGACAGAUCCUCCAUGUGGUCCUUAAAGGAUUUAUUUAUGUUUUUAGUUGUUCGUGGUUGUUCUUGUAAAUUCCUUUGUUGAAGUUACUGUUAUUCUCUUUUAAAACUAUAAAGCCGUAUGCUUAAACUACGAGUAGGAAGAGAAACAUGGGAUUGAUUUAUUUAUGUUAUUUUUUACUUAUAGAGUACUUGAAGAAUGCAACCUUUGUAAAUUCCUGUUGAAAUAUUUGCAUUUAAAACAGAAUUCUAGUACAGCCUCCUACAGGCCAAGGCACAUGAGUUUCUUCAGGGAUUUUGCUGUUAUCAAUUCACGAAAGGAAACUGGGAGGGUGAAUUAUAUUAACUUGGCUUCCUUUUCUGUUUUUGUUUUAUUGAUUUCUUGUUCUGUUUGUGAGAGGAUACCUUGUACUUGUUUUUUAUAAACUCUUUUCUUCUUAUUAUCAUAUUCUUUUUCUAGAAAAAAUAAUAAUUGUGCAGGAAAGAAAUAGAUGCUCAUAAUGGAGAAAUUAAUUUCGAGAAAGCUCUGUUAUUUUUUAGGUACCAUCCAUCUAGCAAGUUAACCUGUGAUGGCAGAAGGUAUUAUGCCUUUUAACAGUUUGUAAAUGUUAGAUUUCUAAUGUCAAAUCUAAACGGUUCACUUGAUUUAGUAUUAUUGGUUAAAAUAUUUUUUCUGAACUCGGUUAAGAAGGAUCAAAGUUUGGUGCAUUAUUUUGAAGCUAAAGCAUCAUAGAAUUUCCUUCAUCAAACUUGUUAUUGUGCAUGGAUCUUGUUAAUUUGUUAUCUUGUAUUUUUUGUUUUUUCGCAUUAGAUUCGGUUAUCAUCUAUUAGCAAACAUGUGCUGCCCUUGGUCUUGGAUUGUUGAGUGUUUCAGUGUUGUGGGUGCUUUCAAUGCUUUCUGUUGCAUGCCAUCAAGAAAUCAUGUACAAAAGCACUUCCUCUUUGGAGUCUAUUGCUACAAAAGAAUGAAACAAGUCUUGGAGCUGAUGUGGAGGCCAGGAACCUGUCUGACUUUGCUGUCCAUAAAUUUUUACUGUGACCUUGUAUCAUAUGGAAAGAAAGAGUUCAUUGCACAAGUUAGAUGUGUACUUUCUUGAUGCAAUAUACACUUGGAUUUUUAUACUAAGGGAUUUAUUAGUACCUUUAGAUAAGAAUUCUGUAUCUUGGAAGUUGUAACAUCUACCAUGCAUAGAGAUAGUAGUUAUUGUACAGGUAAAGUAGCAAUUUUUGGAGUAAGUAGUUAUCUGGUGCAAAGGAGGAAAAGACUUUCAGAAAGAUUUAGUGUA